AUGAGAAAACCAAUUUCAGCGGCUCCAACCCCAAUUAAUCUACUUCGGACUGUCAAUAACUCCUCCACUUCCGUCGUAUUGCAAUGGAAAGCUGGGUUCCACGGAAUUGAGCUGAGCUCAUUAUCCCGUAUUGAUCCACCAGAGUCUUCGGGAAACGGAGCACUGGAUAAAGUCUGUUCUGGCUUACGAAAUUUUAUCCAUGAGUGGAGAGCAGCGAGCCGUUGUGCACAAACGUUCACUUUGGAUCUGUGGGAUCAUGGUUUGAAGGAUGAAACAACCAAGUUCCCAUUCAAUUCGACGUUAAGAUACCGGCAUGACGACUGGAUGGGACACCUUCCGGAUGGACAACACAUUGGCUACUUUCCUGUUGGUCAUACAACCGUCGUAAAUGUAUCGGGUCUUCUGCCAGCACGACUAUAUUCGGCAGCCAUCCGGAGCAAUAACCAGUUGGCAAAAAGUGUGCAGUCAAAGCGAAUAUACUUCUUUACUAAAACCUUUAUUCCAACUGUACCGAAAGGGGUUGUGGUCCACUAUUUGAACAGGUUCAUUCGUAUUCCACCUGGGAACCCUGCUUGCUGUGUAGAACUUCAGAAAUCUAUGGAUGGCGGGAUCACUUGGAUGUUUAUCACACGACCCGGUCCCUCAAGAGAGGUCAUCACAGUUACUGGGCUACACACUUCGUCUCCGGUUGCGACCGUACAUUUUCGUGACCCACUUUCUUGCACUGCCCUGUCUUGGACCAGACCCACCGAGCUUCCCAUAUCGCUAGACGGCAAGUAUCGACUCAGAUACUGCGCUAUAGGACAGCCAAAUCUCUGCACAGAACUUGUCUACCCUGAGCAAGGUAUGUUCUUUCAUUCACCUUCAAAAGAUUUAGGUGAUGCUUUACACUAG